GGUCACCCCCACUCUUUUCUCCUCCCUUUCGCCGCCUUCUCCCGCCUUUCCCCUUUUCUCCCCCUCCUCCUCGGCUGGCGGGCACACAUGUCCUUCUCUCUGCCGCGCCUCUUCGGCGAGCCGGGGCCCGGGUCGGGGGCCCCGGUCUCCGGUCUUUCGCUGUCGGAGCAGCUAUCCGCCCUGACCGGGGGGGAUCCCCAUGGUCCCCGGCCGGCGGGGGCACCGGGAUCUGGCUCGGGGCCCGGGUCGGGCCCGGGGCCGUCCACGGCCCGCGUGAAUCCCCUGCUGCCCGGUGGCAGCCGAUCAAUGCUGUCCGGCCUGCAGCAGGCCCUCCUCCCGCAGCAUCUGGUCCCGACGCCGGCUGCCGGUCCCGGUGCUGGCUCCGCUCCCGAGGCGGGGGACUCCUUCUUCGGGCGCAUUUACCAAUCUGGCCGGCGAAAGUUCGACUCGGUGGUCUUGAUGUCGGCAUUGCUCCUGUCAUCGGCGGCCCUGUUUGUGACGGCACUCUUCUCGCUGCCGGCUAUGUUCAUCCUGCGCCCGGCCAAACCGGCGCUGGCUUUCAGCGCUGCGUCCCUCCUCUUCCUCGGUGCACUAUAUGCCGGGGGGGCCCUGUCGGCCCUUGUGGCCGCACUGUCCAGUAGCGGCGGCGGCGGCGGCGGCGGCGGCAGCACCAGCAGCGGGCCAGGGAUCCGGUUGCCAGGUGCCGCGCUGGGCAUCGCCUACCUGGCGAUCACCCUGCUGACGGUGGUCUUCUGCCUGACCCGGCAGUCGGUGCUCCUGGUGUUCCCGCUGUUUGUUGGGCAAAUCCUCCUGCUGGGCUGGCUGGUCUACCGAGUGGGACUGGGGUUCUUCAUGGGUGCGCUCAAGGGGGCCGCAUCCGUUGGUCGGUCAGUGCUGCCGGUAUAGGCCCCCCCCCCCCCCGCGCCUCCCCCUCUGUCCCACUUGCCGCCUGUUGCCUCCGCUCCUCGGGCCAGGGGCCUCCUGCCAGCGGGGUCAAGCUUGCCGGCCGAGCUGCCCGCCCUGUGCUCCGGCCAGUCCCAUGCCCACACCUGUGCCCGCCCUGGCCCCGAGGCAUGCCAAUGAAAAAUAGAGGAAGUGUAUUGUCGCCGGACACACACACGCACACACACGCG